CUGAGCUUUAGGCAAGUCACUCGCUCUGCACUGCACCGCACCGCACUGCCAAUGCGCUGCACCACCCAAGCCCAACCAGCGUCUUGAAUGGAGACAAAACCUAAGCGCCGACUUAGUUUAAUUUAUUGCACAUUAAUAACCAAAAAAAAGGAUUCAUGCCGCCGAUGAGACCCUAGUCUCUUUCGUCUGGCUUUCAUCCUCAAAUUUGCAUCGCUUGACCAAGUGUACAGUCGGGCACAGGGUUCGAAAGCCUCGAGUUCUGCUUGCGCCUGUUGCUCUUGGAGCUGAGGAAACUGCCGCCAAACAGGAAACGCCCGUUUCCUUCUCUCAUAGGUACGAUUGGACUGAGCAAAAAAAGAAGGGUCUGGACUGGCGCAUGUCAGUGUGCAACUGCAGCUAGCCGAGACGAAGCCCUCUAUUACCGUCUUUUAGGACCACUUUACCUAUCUGUCUUGCCUUGCUAGGUGGCCAUCACACUCAAACAUACAAACAAACGCCCCGUCGAGCCUUAUUUGUUCCCACACACGGGGACGACUUUGUCCCAAAAGGCUUCGAAAUCCUCUUGUCACCAUUGCGAAAAAGCGUUUGCUCAUUAGGCGGAGGACACACGUAGUUACAGCCAGGUCUCCAGCCCGCUCCGACAGAGCCACGGUACCAUCUCGCUAUGAACGGACAGUUCAGCCUUCUCGGCCGGGAACGUUCGCCGCCGCAACAACAGCAGCCCGAUCAAUUCAUCAUGGGCAUUGGAGGUAAUACGGUAGGCGGAAGCUCCGCUGGCAGCAAUUUGGUCAGCGGAAACAUUAUGGGGUUUAUUCAUCGCUUUCAAGCCCUCCAGAUAGCCAGGGACAGCUCCGAUACUCUGAUCAAGGAUCUAUUGGUUUAUGCCAAGGAAGCCGAAGAUAAGCUUCGUACCGAGAAUAACCGCCUGCAAAACGAACUCGACGAGGCCAAGUUGGACCUCACCGAUGCCCGUGCGGCCCAACGAGACCUCCAGAUACAAUUACAGGAUGCUGAGGGCCGGGCGGCUUACUAUUCACAGGGAGCAGAUCUUUACAGGAAACAAAAUCAAUACGUUGUUGCGCUGAUAGAUGGUGAGGGUCUUGUCUUUAAGCCCGAGUUCCUAAGACAAGGUAUCGAGGGCGGCAGGAGGGCCGCGACCACAUUUCGCAUGCUCAUCCUGGAGCAGUGCGGAGACCAUGCAAACGAAAUUCAAGUCAUGGUCAAGAUAGUUGCCAAUCUCGCAACUCUCGCCAAGGCGUUGAAGGCCGAUGGUUCCAUACAGAACGAGAGUGAUCUUAGAGACUUCUUUGUUGGAUUUUCUCAAUGCCUCUCCUCUUUUGAUUUUGUCGACAUUGGCACUGGGGCGUCCAACCUUAGCUCCAAGAUCAAAGAGUCAGCCAACUGGCAUAUGGGAAAUCUCAACUGCAGACAUGUCUUGCUUGGUGUUUCGCAUGAUCCAAGCUAUGCGCAAUUCUUAGAUGAUGUUUUGGACGAUAAUACCAAAGAUUUGGUUACAGUCCUAGAAGGAGUACCCAUGGCCAGGGAACUGUCAAAGACCAUGGUCAACAAAAUCAACUAUACCAACACCCUUUUCCGAUCCGACAGAGUCGGCAAGGUGGCAGCAUCCGGGCCACCGUCGGGCCUUGUUACAGUUGGUUCAACUGAGAAUGUACCGGCGGCAAUAUCGUACGCGGGCGUUACUUCCGCUCCGGCCGUGAGCCCUCCGCCCACGCUCAAACUGCCUUUGGCACCCAGACAGACAAACGUUCCUAAAACGGCCAAGCAGCCCCCUUGGAACCCGGGUGCCCGUGGUCUCGACUCGCCACUCAAGGUGAAUCAGUCUGUUCUGGAUAACAUCAAGAAGAGAACUGGCAGCAGCAAGCUUUGCAACAAUCAUUAUCUUCGUGGGCCAUGUGCCAAGAAGGAUACGUGCGGGUUUGAACAUAAUUACAAGCCCAACGCAGAGGAGAAGGUUGCCAUCUCAUUCCUUGCCCGGUUAAACCCAUGUACCAAUGGGCAGGAAUGCGAUAUUGCAGACUGCAUUUACGGUCACCAUUGCCCAAGCACUGUUAAUGGUCAGUGUACGCAUCCGUACUGCAAGUUUCGUCCAGACGAGCACCCCGCCGGCACCAAAUACAAGUCAACGUACAGGAAUGGCGAGGCUUAUAAUUAGCAGAAGUAUUGUUUUUUAAGCGGUUUUGACUGGUCCAGUGUCUCGGGAUUUGAACCUCGUUGAAGGCAGCUUACAUACCUACUUAUUUGAUAGUCUGGAUGAAUUAUAUUGCACCAGUAUCUCUUUUGCUCGAAGGACUGCCUAGCUUUUACAUGGUUAAGAGAGCCCUCAGCUGGAACAAGAUACCUAAGGUAGGUACCUAGGUAGGUAGGUAGCCAUACACACCUACCGUUGACUGUUA